GUGACUGUGUCUCUCGCGUGUGUUGUUUUUCCGUCCUUGCCGCGCGCCAUGUGCCAUGUGCUCGGUUCGCUCUAGGUUCGCUUUCCAGUCGAGAUUGUGAAACGGAACGUUUCGUUCGCUUCCCGCCGCUCGUCAGCAGCCGAUGCGUAGCGUGUGUUUUUAUCGGGUUGAUUACGGGCGAUCGUAGCCUGUCGCCGUGAGAAUUUCUGUAAGGUGCGUGUUGUUCUGGGAAGUGUUACUGUGUUGUGUGCUCCGUGAAGAGAUUUAGAAGAUUUAUUGUCGUUUCAUCAAAAAUAUAUUGUGUAUUCGAAUGAAAUAGGAAGUUCAGAAACGAAACUGUGAUUGGGUAGUGACGAGCAAAGAAUUGUAUGAAAUGAAGCUGUUACACUUUGGCUGUGAUGAGGAUUAAUGUAAAACUGAAAGUGAUUCGAAGGAUUUAGUGAUAAGCUGGAGAUUUAGUGAAAGUUCCAACGAUAAUCUGCAAAUCUAAAUUCCUCAUAACCUGCAACUCCCACAAUAAACAGAUAUCGCCGACCUAACGACGGCUAUCGUUUACCAUCGGCACUCAUUGAACUCCCGCAGAGUGGAAGAAAUGCCCCAUACCGGUCAAGCAGGUGUCAACCAGCUCGGCGGUGUUUUCGUCAACGGUAGACCCCUGCCGGACAUCGUCCGCCGGCGGAUAGUGGAACUGGCUCUGAUGGGCGUGCGACCUUGUGACAUUUCCCGCCAGCUACUGGUGUCCCAUGGCUGUGUAUCGAAAAUUCUCACCCGAUUCUACGAAACCGGUUCGAUAAGGCCCGGAUCGAUCGGUGGCAGCAAGACCAAGCAAGUGGCAACGCCAACCGUGGUGAAGAAAAUCCUACGCUUCAAGCAGGAAAAUCCCGGCAUGUUUGCCUGGGAAAUUCGCGACCAGCUGCUAGCCCAAAGGAUUUGCGACCCGAACACGAUACCCUCGGUGAGCUCGGUCAACCGGAUACUGCGGAACGGGGGACUCUGGACGGACGACAUGACGUCGAAUGAGCAAAUGAUGCGCGACCAGUCACAUUCUUCAUCUUACAUGCCCUCGAAACCUUCAAUGACACAUCCAUUAUACAGCCAAACUCUAGAGCAGCACCAUGCACUCCUCAAUCAAUACCGGUACAGUAUGGCCGCAGCCGUGUCGCCAGAUGGAAAACCUGUGCAUCAACACCCGUACAGCUCCGUUCCGGGAGCCGUUCCUCCGAUGCAGAAAACCGCCGCCGUAAACAUCAUCCAACACGAAGGCCACACACCAACCAAAGCCGAUCCCACCAAGCAGCUGCCUUCACCGGGAUCACCCAAGGCGGAGUCGAAAAGUGAACCCACCUCUUCAAGUUCUACACCGGCCGCCCUCUCGCCCCAGAUGGCGUACCUGCCGAAACACUGGAUCUGGAACACCAGCUUGUUCUACGCAGCCAAUCGCAGCAUUGCGGCUGGAGCCGAUCCUACGGUGGCUUUCCCACAUGGCUACCUGGCGUACGGUAAUCCGUUUGCAACUUCCGGUGGAUUCGCUGUGCAACGGGACAGCUACAGAAAUGAUGGAACUAGUUCUAAUACCAGUUCUUCACCGGUUCAGAUCACCGAUGUCAAUUCGGAUGACUCCUCGGAUAAUCAUGAUGAUCUGAGGACGAGCAUCUGCAAGAAACGCAACCCGUACUCGAUCGAGGAGCUGCUCAAGAAGCCCGAAAAGCGCCAAAAACUGGACUCGGUAACCAUUACCUGCGUGCCGCGGAACUCCCGUGACGGUUACCAAUCGUCACCGUCGGCAUCGCCAUCGAAGUCGACCAGCCCUCCCCUUCAUCAGGCAGCCCACUACUCGGCAGUUCCCGGUUCAACGGGAUCACUCAACGAUCACCACGAGGGCAUAAGCCUGAUUAAAUCCAAACCGGAAACUCUCAACGAGAACAGUGUGAAUAUUGAAAUUUGUGAUUGAACUGCACCGUUAGAGUAUUUUCCCAUUGCCAUAUAGGAAAACGCAUUUGUUGAACUAGUUUUGUACGUACUGUUAUCGCUAGCUGUGGAGAAUCCAUAAUUUUGUAUAUAGUCACACUUUGAACUGUGAAAAACUAACUUCCCCAAUCAAGAAUCUGUGGAUCUGUCAAUAUAAAUAAAAUAAGUUUAAUUUAUUAACACGCUAAGACCCGUACUGUUGAACUUAGAUUCGUUCUCAAAGAAGACUCAUUGUAAAAAUAACAACAAAAAACAUUCAGACUAGUGUGAAUCAAAGAAAAUCACAGAAAUCCACUGCUCAAAACCCCCACUGACUGUAAGAUAAUGUAGACUAAUUGUUUUAAUUAACAGCCGAAGCGAAUUACUGUAAUAAAUUAAAAGAAAAAUAAUUUGUUCUCUUCUCCAUCCAUCCGAUACGACCUACCACCGUCCACUCCACCGAGGCCAUCAAAACGAUACGGCGCUGAAGAAGAUGAUGAUCAUGAUGAUGACGAUCGACGACAACCGGAGAGAGUCGCGAACGACACGGUCAUAUUGUAUCAAUAUUGUUGCUUUGGUCACCACAAAACGGCAGCAGCAGCAGCAGCAAACAGCGUGUAAUAAUUGCGACCGGUUUUUGAUCCGCUUGAUGAGUCCUUGCGCGAUCCGCCACGCGGUUAUCUCGGUGGCGAGAUCUUCGGUUCGUUUCCCCCCGCUGGCUGCUGGCUGCUGUUGGCUGUGAGAUUGAUCAGAUUGGAGCAAAUCACAUUCCUACGAUACGAUACGCCACGGUCGACGACGAUGACGACGUAUGGGAAUUGAUGGUCGUUGCAGUUUAAUUAACUGGUUGAGCUUUACGAUUGCGAAAAUUGGAUGAUAUAGGGUGAGGUUUGGGCUGAUAAUUGAUUGCCAAUCUCACGGAUGUGACUCUUCGGAAAUGCAUGCUGUGAGUAGGGUAAGGUGGGGUAAGAUGACAUUUUUCAAACUUUCAUCGUUUUCAAUGAAAAAUAGCUUCAUUUGUUCGGCAUUUGAAGUGG